AUGGGACAACACAGGCCACUGAACGACAAAACAAACAGAGUAAAUACGAGUGCGAUAAGCACAAAAGAAGAAGAAAUAGAGAUAAAGAGCACAAAAGAAGAGAAUACAAAAGAGAAGACACUAGAGAGUAGAAUAGAGAAUGAGGAGGCAGAAGAGACAGACGAGGAAACAGGCUUAAGAGAAGACUUUGGAAAAGAAAAAAGAAAAAGAAGCAUAGACAAAAGCGCUGAAAAGAGGAAUGUUUCAAGGAAUAAAAGACAUAGAGGCAUUGAAGAGCUAGCGAUAGACAAGAAAACAUCCAAUAAGUCAGAUGAGAACUUCGAUGCUUUUCUUAAAGGCUCUUCUGGGAAUGAAAGUGAUGGUGAUGUUGAAUAUGCAUACACUUACGAUGACUAUCUAAGCGAACACAUUGAAGAGAUCCACAAAGAAACAGAACUGUCUCUGGAAAGUAUAACAAGCACACACUUCAAAAUAUAA